AUGUACUUUCGCAAACUGUGUGAGAUCUUUGCUUGGGACAACACGGUGAGAGAUAAUAGAAAACGCAUGCAGUGCUUGACUUUGCAUCAUCACAUUGGCGCAUGCCACAACUGCCCAUGUCUCUUUCGAAAAAAUCCGCAGGAUGUCAUUUGGAACCAAUGCGCGAUGUCCUUGGGAACCUCGGACUGGACAGGGCCGGGAACCCGUGCGUUCGACGCCGGCGGCAUGGCGACAGGGCGCAGCGACGGCAUGUUGUUUCACGGCGGACGCUUCACAGUGGUUCAACAUAGGACUUCUUAG